UGCUGGCCUGGAGUCUUUCUUGCAAAGAUGUCUCGCGUUGACGUUAAAAAACCGUCCUUGUGUACCAGCGAGCCCUUAAGUCAGGAAGCUGUUGGCCACGCUCUGUCUGUGUUCGGUAAAAUAGUGAAGUCCUGCUAUGGCCCUACUGGGAGGCUUAAGCAGCUACACAACGGUGUGGGCGGCUACGUCCGCACAACAUCACACUCUUCAGCCUUGCUGGGUUCCCUUUCCGUCACCCAUCCCGUAUUAAAGCUUCUGACGGCCUCCGUGCGGAAUCAUGUCUCUCGCUUUGGAGACGGGGGUUUGUUCACGGCUGUUCUGUGCUGCAGCCUGCUGGAAAAAUGGCGAGACCUGAACGUCGCUUCUUGGACGCGUGUCAAAAUUAGCCAGAACCUUUUGAGCCAGAGCCUCGAUUAUCUCGCUUCCGAAGCGUGCGGCUGUAAAAUGCCGGUGGAUUUUAGCAGUUCUAAGAUUCUCCUCGAUUUGGUCCGCAGCGUAGUAACCAGCAAGCCGGCUUGCAUGCUGAGUGGAAAGGAAGUCGAUCAUGUCAGCGUGUUGAUAUUGAAAGCCUUUUUGCUCACGGUUCCGCAGAACGUUGGGGCUGGUGUUGGAUUAGGAAAAUGUCUCUAUGUGCCCAUAAAAGAAAAGAGAGUGAUGGAUUCCAGCGUCCAUCCCGGGCUCCUGAUUGAAACACCAGGAUUCCACCUGACAAGGAUGCUUCCUGCCAGAAGAACUACUUCGAGCACAAUCAAAAUGGCCCUUUUCUCCGCGUCUCUGUCUGGAGACAUUAGUAAUACUGGAGAAGGAGGCGUCAUCGUCCAUCACGGGGUUUCCCUAGAAGCAGCGGUCUUGGAUCUGCUGUUUAAUUUAGGCCAGCGGAUGGUCAAGGACGGUGUGGGCCUUGUGAUUUGCCAGAAGGUCAUCCACCCGGCCUUGAAACAGUAUUGGAAGGAGAACCAGGUGGUUGCUGUAGAAAGAGUUGGAGCCGCCAUGAUGGAGCCCUUGAAGGAAAUGACAGGAUCCCAGCCGAUUCCGUCUCUACAAUUUCUGACCCCUGCUUGCUAUGGCAGAGUGAAGGACUUGCAAACUCAAUAUUUUGCUUCCAAGUGGUUCUUGCAUCUCAUUCCUGACGACCCAGUGGUCUGCAGUUUGAUGCUUUGUAACAGGAACGAAACUUCAUGGGAUGAGCUGAAGCUUGCUUGUCAGACAGCAGAACGAGUUUUGCAAUUAACAGUCAAGGACCGCUGGGUCUUGUUAGGAGGCGGCUGCACAGAGACUCACCUGUCCUCUUACCUACGGCACAAGAGUGUCAGCGUGCCAUAUAGGACCUUGGAAGAUCUAGGUUGUUCUCAGGUGGAGUUCCAGUUGGUCGCUGACUCUUUCUGCCACUCGCUGGAGUCUGUUGCUCACUGUCUAGAGCAUGACAACGGCGAAACCCUCACCGAUAUGACUUGGGGCCACUUCUGGUCUGUCCCGCCGGAUGCUCCCCACGACUCUCCUUGGUCAGACUUGGGUUUGAAGUGUGGGUGUGGCCUUUGCAGCAACCAGCAAGGCCUCAACUGGAGGGUGCUUCAGAGUCAGUCUUGCCCUUUUCCUCCUCAAAGUUGUGUUAGUGCAUCUUCCUUAACCUCCGCUGGCAAUCCUGUUCUGGAUUGCUUCGCUGCCAAAUGUAACGGUUUGCAAGUCGCAGUGGAGGUGGCCGGCCUCCUUUCUGGUCUGUCUUAUAUAGUCGAAGAUCAAAAUUAG